AGAACAGUUCUUUUGUGAUGUCGCACGACGCACGAGAAAAGGUUGAGCAUAAAAACUGGCUGGUAUUACUUGGCAGGUUUCUCUGGAGCUGGGACCUUUAGCGUUAGAGACAAAGGUAGACGUCCGUAGUUAUAAGACACCAUGGAGGAGUCUUGGUUGCCUUGUGGAGAAGUUAACCUUUCCACUCCACUUAACGUUACCAUAAGACCCAUCAAUUUGACACUGGGCUUCAUUGUGCAGAUUUUUAAGGCACAAGUGAAUGAGGACAAGGGGCUGCGUGCGAAAGACGUGGCCCUGCCCGUGUUCUGGGGACUGAUCGUCUUUUUCGGCGUGGUCGGAAACCUCAUGGUUAUCAUCGUCAUCCUGAAGGGCCGCCAGCUCCGCAGCACUACUAACGUCUUCAUCUUAAACCUCAGCAUCUCCGACUUUCUCUUCAUCGUGUGUACCGUCCCCUUCACGCUCAUCAUUAAGUUAGACCAGAAAUGGAUAUUUGGGGACGUGUGGUGCAAGGUCAUGCACUACAGCCAGUACGUCAGCUGUCUGCUCAGUAUCUACACGCUGGUCGUCAUGUCCAUGGACCGGUACCUGGCCAUCGUGCACCCGCUGUCGUCAGUGCGUUACCGACGCGUCAGGUACGCGAGCGGCAUAGUGGCGGGGCUGUGGCCCAUCAUUCUCCUCAUGAUGGUCCCGGUGCUUCUCGGAGCCAAAGUUGUGGGAGCUGACGCUUGUGAUCUGGGUUACCUGGUCAUCCCGGAGAGUAAGAACUGCCUGCUCUUCAACUCCAAAGAGUUCGUGGUGGUGUUCUUCGCGCUGGCCUACGCCCUGCCCCUGCUCGCCAUCGUCAUCAUGUACGCGCUGAUGCUGAAGCGGGUGUGGACGCGCGUCGGGCUCGGCGUCAUGAACGACACCAGCCGGAACAAGUCCAAGAGGAAAGUCACCAGGAUGAUCGUGGUCAUAGUGGCGGUGUUCGGCCUGUGCUGGCUGCCACUGCAGGUGUACCUGCUGGUACAGAUGGUGGACAGUACGUUCGGUAGGGAGGAAUGGCAGCAGGUCCUCCUGUACGUGGCGAACGCCCUGGCCUACUCCAACUCCAGCGUCAACCCGCUCAUAUACGCCUUCUUCUCCGUACAGUUCCGCCGGUCAUUCAUGCAGGUGUUCCCUUGUUGUUUCCGAAGCCGACCGAACAAAGUUACCUCUGCCCGACCUCUCCCGAGCGUUCCCGACAGACGUUCGGGUGCAGAAAAGCCCGACAACACAGGGACACACGUCACUGACCUGACCCUAGAUACAGAAGUUUGAACAUGUAACAUGAGCACGUUUCGAACUGCACCCCUGUGACUGUGACCGCACAUUAGUCAUUGCUAGCGAAAUGGCCCUAAACGCUACCACCUGCACAGCAUACACUAGUAAUCUACAGUAUCACUAUAAUGGUAUAGCAUUGUAUGUAUU